CUGUUGUGGUUGAAAAUUUGAGGUUUAAGCCAAUGGGAGCGCGUUGCUCCAAACUAUCACUUUGCUGGUGGCCGUCAAGUCUCAAGUCAAACCUCAACGACUCUUCCGAUCUAGUUCCGUUCACAUCAGAGAAUGGAGAGGAAGCUUUACCUGGAUUCAGCGAGUACAGCUUGGACCAAUUAAGAGCUGCCACUUCCGGUUUCUCGACGGACAACAUUGUAUCGGAGCAUGGAGAGAAAGCUCCCAAUGUGGUUUACCGAGGGAAGCUCGACGAGGAUCGUUUGAUCGCCGUUAAACGCUUCAAUAGAUCGGCUUGGCCUGACCCUCGACAGUUCCUCGAGGAAGCGAGAGCAGUUGGACAGUUAAGAACCGAUCGGUUAGCAAAUUUGAUUGGUUGUUGCUGUGAAGGAGAUGAGAGAUUGUUAGUAGCUGAGUUUAUGCCUAAUGAGACUCUCUCUAAGCAUCUUUUUCACUGGGAGAAUCAGCAUAUGAAAUGGCCGAUGAGGCUGAGAGUCGCACUGUAUUUAGCGCAGGCGCUUGAGUAUUGCAGCAGUAAAGGGAGAGCCCUGUAUCAUGACCUUAAUGCUUAUAGAAUCUUGUUUGAUCAGGAUGCUAAUCCCAGACUCUCUAGCUUUGGCCUUAUGAAGAACAGCAGAGAUGGAAAAAGUUAUAGUACAAACUUGGCUUUCACCCCACCAGAGUACCUAAGGACAGGAAGGGUAGUCCCGGAGAGUGUGGUUCACAGUUUUGGAACUCUUUUGCUUGAUCUUCUCAGUGGCAAGCAUAUACCACCAAGCCAUGCAUUGGACCUAAUACAGGGUAAAAACUUUCUGAUGCUAAUGGACUCAAACCUGGUGGGUCAGUUUUCGAAUGAUGAUGGAACUGAACUAGUGCGGUUAGCCUCACGUUGUUUGAAGUAUGAACCUCGUGAGAGGCCAAAUGUGAAGUCUCUUGUAACUGCUCUUACCCCACUUCAGAAGGAAACCGAGAUACCAUCACAUGUUUUGAUGGGCAUUCCACAUGGAACAGCGUCCUCAAAGCAAACAAUGUUACUAACACCUCUAGGUGAAGCAUGCUCAAGAAUGGAUCUUACUGCAAUACAUGAAAUAUUAGAAAAUAUUGGAUACAAAGAUGAUGAGGGGAUUGCAAAUGAGCUUUCUUUCCAAAUGUGGACAGAUCAAAUACAGGAGACUCUGAAUUGCAAAAAACAUGGAGAUACUGCUUUCCGAGGUAAAGACUUUGGAACAGCCAUUGAAUGCUACACGGACUUCAUUGAUGGUGGGACAAUGAUAUCUCCAACUGUGUUUGCUAGACGCUGCUUGUGCUACUUGAUGAAUGACAUGGCACAAGAAGCACUCGGAGAUGCUAUGCAAGCACAGGUAAUAUCUCCAGAGUGGCCGACGGCAUUCUAUCUCCAAGCUGCCGCCCUAUUUAGCCUCGGGAUGGACAACGACGCACAGGAAAUCCUGAAAGACGGUACAAACUUGGAAUCCAGAAAACACAGAAACUGAAAAUCUAUAGCCUUUUUAUUGGGUCCUUUUGAGUUCAUUUUGUAUCUUGUCAUAUUUCUCCUUCCCAUGUUAUCUCAGCACCACAGUAAUUGUAACGUCCAUAGUCUGCUUACGGUGUUUUGUUGUCUUUUAUUCACUCAUUUCUGAACACUAUUUUAAGAUGAUAACAACAAUGAAUGUUUCAUUUCUCUUCUUCUGC